CCUCUGUAGCCCUGCACUUCCAUCAGAAGCAGCAACCAGACCAGCGGCUUGAGCCACCUCACUGGGGAGUACCGUGCCUGGCAACUUAAAGGAAGCCAGGAAAAGUGGCAGCCAUGCUGACUAGCCCAUCACAAUUACGAGAAGACAUUAGGAGAAGCUGAUGGAAGCCAGAUAGUGUCUCAGAGCAGGCGUGGCAAUGGCAGCCAACCAGCCACAACCAGAAGUCACACAAGGGACCUCGGACCCCAGCACUGAGCAGGGAAGUAGCAACAGCAUGGAAAGAGCCAACUGGAUCAGCAUCGUUUCUGGGUCUGCGGGCCUCCUCAUCGUCCUCCUGUUCAUCACAAUUUUCUGUGUCCUGUGGAACUGGAAUAAGUGGAAGAAGCGGCACGGUCCUUACUUUCAAGUUGCCAUCUUGCCCUCGCUGGGUCUGCCUCGACCCAGACAACGAGCCAAAAAUAUUUAUGACCGCUUGCCCCGGAGGCAGGAAGCGCUGGUGAGACGCCAAUCAAGGGCUGUCCGUAUUUUCAGUAACACGAGCCUCCUAUCCAGAAGUCCCGACAGUCCUCCCUCUGUGUGUGUGGUCUCCCCAGUGGACAGUGGCUUCCAGCCACAUGAAGCCCAGGCUCCUGCAAGGGGCCACACAGUGGGCUUCUGUGGCAGUGCCACAGAGCCCCAGAUGUGUGGCAAUCUCUGUCCCUCGGCACACAUCAACGUCAGAGCUUCCCGAGACUGCUCGAGCAGUUCUUCAGAGGACUCGAGAGAUUAUGUCAAUGUCCCCACAGUAAAAGAGCUUGGUGAGACUCUGGCUUCUACGGGAAACGCCCCUGACGGCCUCUUUGUCCUCCCAAGUACCCCUGAGCUGGAGUUUACAGAGGAAAGAGACUGGCGCUGUGAGAGUGGCCUUGCCCACUCUGGUCUUUGGCCUUUGGGAACUGAGUUCAGUGAUCCACUCAGUGACGGGGAAAGCUCUUCUCAGAGCUCAAGCGGCUACAUCAACAUGGCAGUCAUCCGGGAGCAGCAGCCCUGGGUCACUUUUCAGCAGUGUGUAGAUUAUGUGAAUGUCGCAUCAGCAGAUCCGCACGAAAGUCAGCAGCAGGCAGAAGAGGUGGUGUUCUCAAACACUGAGCCUGUAGGGGGCCGGACAGAGACUCCUGAGACCCGCACCCAAGAUGUCAUGCCACCAGGCAAGGCCCUGGCUUUAGGAGAUUACGUGAACUGCCGGCUAUCUGCACAGGAAGAGCAUAAUGCUGGAAACCUUGGAGAAGAGAUGUCAAAUGAAGAUUCUAAUGACUAUGUGAACAUGCCAGCUGCCAAUUUAGGAGAAAAGGAUGCCAAGGAGGAGACUGAUAUCCAUGAAUCAACAUCCAGUCACCUGCUAGAAAGCCACAUAGAAUCGUCUAGUGAAGACCCAUGACCACACUUGUAUUUUGCGGGUUUUGUUUGGUUGUGCCAAAAAGAGGGUGAGUUGAGUAGGAAGUGAAGAGAUUCACAAAAGCAGAGGAAAGGAAUUCUUCUCAUCCCCAUUGUCCCUCCUACCAACCCAAAAGUGUUGGCUGAAAGUGCCUUGCUGGACCCCUUGGGGGGUGAGGGGGGUUGAAUGGUGCUGUAGAGCACAGUGGAAAUAUGAAGUAAUCGCAAAUCCGUCUCUACCCUCAUACAAAACCAGCAUGCACACGUUUAUUUUGUAAUCAAGGCAGAGGUUAACGGAAGGGGAAGGUCCGAGUGAGGUAGGAGACCAGUUCUAGUUUCAAAAUUAUAUGGAUGAUCAGAUGCUGGUGAGAGGUCUUCCUCUCACUCCUUGCUGAUGAGCUGGCAAAGCAUAACAUCCACUUUGCAAAACUGGCAGUUGUUAUAAAUGUACACUUAUUAUAUAACCCAGCAUUCUGCUGUUAGUUAUUUAUUCAAGUGAAUUAAAAACCUGUCUUCUCACAAAAGCAACCACUAACUGCCUACAGCACUUCAUUCAUAAUUGCCAAAAACAGAAAGAGCUUGGUGAAAGUUUUUCUGGAAGGUAUUAGGGUGGUAG